UCUGCCCCAAGUGCAUGAAUGAUGUGAUCAUGGACAUGGAAACAAGCCUUGAAGCAUGACUCUCGGGGCGCCGGGAGGGCAACCAAAGGCCCCCCAAUGCUCUGGAGCCCUGGGUUCGCAUCCUGGCCUCAGCCUGGCUGCUGCCGAGAAAGGGAAGAGGCAGCUUCCCUCUUGGAGGGGGCUGCUGCUGCAGAUCCCAAAUCUCCUCCUCUUCCUCCCAAGGGCUUUUCCUUCCUGAGCCUUCGUCGGAAGAGGAGGACGCGUGUCUUCGGGGCCCGUCUGAAGGCAACCUUUGCCCUUCGGGGCCUGGCUCUCUCUGCCAAGAGGAGGAGGAGGAGGAGGAAGGAUGGAGGCGCUGGAAGAGGAAGAAGCGGCCCUGCUGUCCCAGCUCCGCGGCGCUGUGUCCGAGUGCGGCCAGGGCCACUUGCUGGACUUCUGGCCGGAGCUGGAGGGCCCUUCGCAGCGGAGGGCGCUGGCCGAGGCCCUGCGGGGGAUGCUCCUCCUGGAAAGCGGCCAGGCCCUCAGGGACCACUGCCGCAGGGCUAUGGAAGCCCAUCGGAGCCAAGGGGAAGGAGCCCCGCUGGAGCCCCGCAGGAUGGAGCCCCUGCCCGGCCAGUUCCUCGGAAGCGCCUCCAGGAGCCCCCCGGAAGAGCUGCGAGCCUGGCAGCAGGAAGGUCUCCGCCAGAUCUCCCAGAACAAAGUGGGGGUCCUCCUCCUGGCCGGCGGCCAAGGGACGCGCCUGGGGGUGCCCUACCCCAAAGGCAUGUACGACGUGGGGCUGCCCAGCUGCAAGACCCUCUACCAGAUCCAAGCUGAGAGGAUCCGCCGAGUGGAGCAGCUGGCCGGAGAGAGGUUUCAAACCCAGUGCACUGUCCCAUGGUACAUCAUGACGAGUGAGUUCACCUUGGGGCCGACAGAGAGGUUCUUCCAGGAACAUGGAUAUUUCCACCUGGACAAGACCAACGUCGUCAUGUUUGAGCAGCGGAUGCUGCCGGUCGUGGGCUUCGACGGGAAGGUCAUCCUGGAGGAGAAAGGGAAGGUGGCCAUGGCUCCAGAUGGCAACGGGGGUCUCUACCGGGCCCUGAUGGACCACAAGAUCCUGGAGGACAUGGAGCGGCGUGGCCUCCAGUACAUCCACGUCUACUGUGUGGACAACAUCCUUGUCAAAAUGGCCGAUCCCGUCUUCGUUGGAUUUUGCAUCUCCAAAGGGGCGGACUGCGGAGCAAAGGUGGUGGAGAAAGCCUACCCGACUGAGCCGGUUGGGGUGGUGUGUUGUGUGGACGGGGUGUACCAGGUUGUGGAGUACAGCGAGAUCCCCUUGGAAUUGGCCCAGAGGAGGAACCCAGACGGACGCUUGACUUACAGCGCUGGGAAUAUCUGCAACCACUUCUUCACUGUGGACUUCCUUCGGGCCGUGGGAGAGAAAUUUGAGCCGCAGCUGAAGCCCCACUUGGCCAUCAAGAAGGUCCCUUUCGUCGACAAAGAGGGAAAUUUGGUAAAGCCGCUCAAACCCAACGGGAUAAAGCUGGAGAAGUUUGUCUUUGAUGUGUUCCAGUUUUCUAAGAACUUUGUCGCCUUUGAGGUCCAGAGGGAAGAGGAGUUUUCCCCUCUUAAAAAUGCUGAUACGGCCGAAAAAGAUACGCCAACCACGGCUCGGCGGGCGCUGCUUUCCCAGCACUACCGCUGGGCCCUGAAGGCAGGGGCCGUAUUUGUCGAUAGCCGUGGAGAACGGAUACCCGAAAAGCAGAGUUUCAGGGAGGAUGAAGAACCACCCGCUGUGUGUGAGAUUUCGCCUCUCGUCUCUUACUUCGGAGAGGGUCUGGAAAAGUACUUGAAAUCCAAAGAGCUCCAGUCGCCUUUCCUUCUGGACGAAAUCAAAGCAGAAACAUUACAACAAGCUUGAAUGAAGGAUUUUUUUUGGGGGGGGGGACCCUACAUUUUGGAAGACGUCCUUUUUUAUUUGAACAAAAGACAAAAUAAUUUAGGAAAAUAAUCAAGAUAGGUGCUUGGACCAUGAAUGGAAGGAGUGGGCUGCAAUUUGCUCCUCUUCCUCCUCCAUUCCCCUCUUCUCCUUUUUCGUAUGUGAAAUUACAGCAUAGAUUUAUUGAACAGUCUUGUUUUGAGAGCCAUGCCCUGCGUCUCUCCAGGAAGCAUUCUUUGGCUCAUGUCAGAAAGAGUAUAUUGCUUUUGAAUUUUCUUUAUUAAAAAUGUUUAUCAUUUCAUAUCUUUCCCUUCCUCGGUCUCUCUUCCUUUUUCUCUUUCCCCAAAGUGCCUUUCAAUCAUACUGUAUACGCUCUGGGAAAAUGUCUGCAGUGUCUUUGUAAUCCCAACACAUUAAAGGGCUUUUUAAGUACAAA